GGGUGUACAUUCAAAAAUUGCGUUGUCGUUAGACAUCAUCGUUGUGCGUGCGGUGACCAACAUUACGAAAAAUCAAAUUAUACUUUUCAAUUGUUAUUUUAAUUAACAUUUUUAUUUAUUUUGUUAAUAAUCCAUCGUUAUCAAUUAAUUAUCACAAUUUUUAUGGCUAUGAAAGAAUUCUUUUCGUUUUAAUAACUUUUGACUCAGACUGUAUUCCUCGUCAUUAAUUGUUGGUGAAAUUCUGACAAGAUACCGGUGAUUAUGUUAUGAGUGUACUAUCGCAGGAAAAAACAACGGACAUAUUUUAUUUAUCACUUAUAAAAUAAAAUGCCAAAUAGUGUAAAAGAUGAUUCAGAACCAGAAGGAGAUGAAAUGUCUCAUGUCAGUAAUGAUAGUAAUGCUUCCACAUCAUCUACUGAAAGUAGUGAAGAACAUUCAGAUAGUGAUGAUUCUUCUGAUAUGGAUGAAGAAGAAUGUGAAAAACGCAGAGCUGAAUGUGUCGAAAAUAUGGAAGAUUUGGAAAAGCAAUUUCACUUACUCAGAGAAAAAGUAUACGAAGAAAAAAUAGCUCAAAUAGAAAAAAGUUUGAUUGAAAUCAGAGGAGAAAGAUCUGAAGAGUACUUAAAACAUGUUGAACGUCUUCGAGAAAUUAUGCGAACAAAAGAAGCAGUUGCUGAGGUACUGAAAAAAUAUAGAUUAGAAAAUAUUAGACAUUUAUUUUCAUCUGAAGAAUUAGCAGCAUCUCAAAAUUUAAAUAGUGAGAAAGGACUUUUACGAGACGAUAUUCAAGAAGAACUACAAGAAAAAAUUCGCGUAUUAGAAGAAGACAGAAAAAAUAGUGACUUAAAUACAGAUCUUUGGAUUUUAUCUAAUGGAAGAAGACGUAAAAGGUCUCAAAGAAGAAAGGCUGUGACCGUACAUGGACCUUACAUUGUAUACAUGUUAAACGAGACAGAUAUUUUAGAAGAUUGGGCAUUAAUAAAAAAAAGUUUAACUUCUUUCAAGACAGAAAUUAUGUAACUAAGAUUCAAUUUACUAAUUUAAUAUAGAUUUGUAAUUUUCGUUUGAACCAUUAGCUUAUAUUUAUAAUAUAUUUCGAAAAAAUUUUGAAAUAUGAUUAGUAUUUUAUGUAAAACAAACGUUUUCUAAAUAGAGCAGAACCUUAUGUUAUAAUAGAUAUUUUCUCUAAGGCUUAAAACUAAAUAGUAUUUCGUAAUUUUUGGUGAAUAGAGCAGAAUUUUGGUUGAUAAUAUAGUAAUUUAUGGAUGUUAAAUAAAGUAAUCUAUCAUUAUAGAUGAUAUGAAAUUUAUUAACAAUGCUCAUAGUACGUAAAUUUAAAUUUUUAAGCAAUGAAAUUUGUAAGCAAAAAAAACAUAAAGACGAUUCAUAAAAUAAUUUACAAGUUUGCAUGUAGAUUUGCAUUUAUUUCUAAUAUUUCCAAAAAUGAAUGUAAUAUAAUAAAUUUUAAUUUUGAAAUUGGAUAAGAAAAAUGAAAAUAAAUAAAAAUAAAACUAGAUAGGAUAGAUAGGAUUAUGAUGGUUAUUUUAUUAAUAAUAAUCAAUUACUCAACAUUGCAAAAAAACGAGAAACUUGUACACAAGACAAAAAUUAUAAGAGUAUUGUUACAUAAUACUCGUUUUCAUUAAAAUAUAUGUUCAAGUUGUAAAUAUUGCGAUAAAGCUUUUUAGAAGUAGUUUUUUACCAUGGCGAAAAUUUAUCAAAACACUGUCAUCCCCUAUAAAUUUUAAUAUUAAUUUUUAUACUUAUAGUUUUAGAGGGAAAUUAAUAUAUUUUGAAGGUAGAUAGUACAUUUGUGUGUGUGUGUGUGUGUGUUCAUGUGGAGUGCCAUCCACUCCGGUACAAUACCUCGUGAUAUUUAAACAAUUACUAAUUUGCGUUUUUAUCAGUAGUGAAAUAUAUUUAAGAACUAUACAUGUAUUGAUUAAUAUAUGUACCUCCUUUUAAGGUGCAUCAAUCUGCAUAACUUUGAUCAUUGUUAUCGUGCCUUCAUCUCUAUUAUUUUUCAAAAGAGAGUUUUUCUGUUAGAGAAUUGAGAAAAACUAUUCAAGUUUCAAUAUCGGUAAAAAAAAAAUUAUUCCAUUAUGAUGAAGUAUAAAAACUUUGCUUUUGCAAUUUUCCAAUUGAGCGUACAUUCGUUUUCUUCAAAGUGAUUUCUUUUUCUCUAAGACAUAUUUGUCAGCUAUAUUUAAAUGUUUCUAAAUAUAACGACGAGUUUCGUAUGUUUUGUAAAGAUUCUUUCGGAUUUUAUAACCUUCUUGUAACAAUUGUUAAAGUAUUGAAAUUAUUCUUCACGUUUCUUCUUGUGCUAUUUUUCGAAUAAA